GACUUACCACACAAAGUAGCGAGUUCAGUUGACAAUUAUUUGCUUUUUGCACCCCCAUUUCGGCCGGGGAUGUAAUCCUUCGCGUUAUUUCUAAACUUAGUAAGUUCCGAGACGCCAGCCGAGCCGCAAGCAAACUUCGCUUUCGCUGAUCGCUGAUCGUUUCUUUCGAGUUCUCGUGCUUCAAUGUUGUACGGUCUCGAGUAUUAAUUUAUUUUAUUUUGUUUUUAAUUCGCAAUUUUGCGAAUUUCAUAAACUGGUUUGAUUAGGUGCGGGCUUGCUUGUUGAUCAAGACAUUAGAGUGUGUAAAAGUGAAUACCUAUACGAUAAAGAUAAAUGCACUGAAUCUGAAUGUGAUGUUUUUAAAAUACCUAAACACAGCUACCUACCUAACCAACCUAUGUUAAUGGAUAUUUGUUUAUUGUUGACAUUUUAAAAUGAAUGUUUCUGAAGUGUUUUCGAAAAAUGACUCGAUAAGUGUUUAUAUGAAUGCAAGUUCGAUGGAGUCUUUCUCUUUAUUGGAAAAAGACAAGAAAGAGAAAAAAGUGUUAGCUUUGACAGUUUUUAUUUUUCUUGCUGUUGGAAUUUUGGGAAAUUUAUUGGCAUUGAUUAAAUUAGCUAGAAAGAGAAAUUUCAGUAAUAGCAGCUAUACACUGAUGUUAAGAUUCCUAAUUUCAAAUAACUUAAUCGGACUUGUGGGCGUUACAACAAUGGUCAUCGCAACACGUAUCCUCUCCAAAAAUAUAACUAUGGAAUAUUCUCGUUGGUUUUGUGCUUGUUGGGUUGUUUUUCGAUACUUUGGAAUGAGUUCUGGAUGCAUUGCAGUGAUCAUGUCGAUCGAUCGUUUUAUGAUUUUGAGUCAUCCUGUUUUUUAUCGUGAGCACUUUUCCCGAAGAUUUAUAAGGAAUGCAAUCAUAGGAUUGACUUUUGUAGCUGGAAUUAUAACAUUUUUACCAUUUUUUGGGUUUGGAAUUUAUUUCGAUGAUGAAACAAAAAAAUGUCUACGCUACAGGGAGGCAAAAACUCUAUCAGACAGAGGCUAUGCGAUUCUGUUUUUGAUAUUUGGAUCCCUAAUAUGCAUAACCAUAGUCACUUGCAAUACAUUUGUUAUGAAAGCAAUACUCUAUAAAAAUAGAAGCAGAAGAAUCAGCAAUUCCAGUUCCUCUUCAUCGCAAUCAAGUUUAACAAAGGCUUCAAGUGUUGAUAUUAAAUUCUCUAAACUAAUGGCAUUUCUUAGUUUAACUUUUGUUAUUUGUUGGAUGCCACAAAUGGUCUCAAUUAUAUUAGCAUUAAAGCCAAAUCCAUUGCCUGAAAAUCAUUGGUUCUUCAAUUUGGCAGAUAAACUUAUAGCUUUACUUUUUACAUUGGACCCAUACAUUUAUGUGUUGAGUGGAAAGAAUCUAAUCCAAUGCUGGUGUUGGUGUUGGCCAAAAAGAUCCCUAAGAUUACGAAAUCAAGUCAGUAGUAAUAACAAUACUAUAGAUUAUAGUUUAUAGAUGAUUUAUGUGUAGAUAUAAAUUUUAAUGAUUAUUAUGUUACUUUAAUCUAAGGCCCUAUAUUUUUUAAGUGCAAUUUAAACAGAACUUGUGAAACUUGAAAUAUAAGUACAAAAAUACCGCUUAAGACAGUUUAAAUAUUUAAUAAUUAUUAAAAGAUAAAGUUACUUAAAUGACAAGAGCUCGAUUAAAUUUUAAAUAAUUGAGUAAAAACGCACUUGUUAAAAUUUCUUGAGACGAUUAACCUUGGUUAAAAUGCACGAUGGUAACACUAAACACGAUGUCCAAAAAGAUGCAAUUUUAUUAAAUAUUGAUGAACAUUUUCGUUUUUGUUCGCCAUAAUUCAAUGUUGUCAUAAUAAAUAUGUACUUAAAAUUGGGCGAAAAUAAUGCAAAAACUUUAUUUAAGUUAAUAUUAAUUUUAUUCAUAGUAUAAUGUAUUAACUUUAUUUACAUACAUAUUUUAAUGAGAACAAUUUAUAUUUUCAACGAUAAUAGAUACAAAUUGAUAUAUUGUACAACAUUAA